GCAGGUCAAAGGCAGAAAUGAGGCACACCUGCCGAGGGACCAUCAACCUUGCCACAGCCAACAUCACGGUGGAGGACUCUUGCAACUUCAUCAUUUCCAAUGGCGGUGCACAGACCUACCACCUGAAGGCUAGCUCAGAGGUGGAGCGGCAGCGCUGGGUGACAGCCCUGGAGCUGGCCAAGGCCAAGGCUGUGAAGAUGUUGGCAGAAUCAGAUGAAUCAGGAGAUGAAGAGUCUGUCUCGCAAACUGACAAGACCGAGCUGCAGAAUACCCUCCGGACCCUGUCCAGCAAAGUGGAGGACCUAAGCACGUGCAAUGACUUGAUAGCCAAGCACGGCACAGCCCUGCAGCGCUCCCUCAGUGAGCUGGAGUCCCUGAAACUGCCCGCCGAGAGCAACGAGAAGAUCAAACAGGUCAAUGAGCGGGCCACCCUCUUCAGGAUAACAUCCAAUGCCAUGAUUAAUGCCUGCCGAGACUUCCUCAUGUUAGCCCAGACCCAUAGCAAAAAAUGGCAGAAGUCACUACAAUAUGAAAGAGACCAGCGCAUCCGACUGGAAGAGACCCUAGAGCAACUGGCUAAGCAGCACAACCACCUAGAGAGGGCCUUCCGGGGUGCCACCGUGCUGCCAGCCAACACUCCUGGCAGCACAGGUUCUGGCAAAGAUCAGUGCUGCUCCGGCAAAGGAGACAUGAGUGAUGAGGAUGAGGAGAUUGAAUUUUUUGAUGCUUUUGAUAUCAUCACCAUGCCUGAAAAUUUGGGCCACAAACGGACUGGCAGCAACAUCAGUGGCGCCAGCAGCGACAUCAGCCUUGAUGAACAGUACAAGCAUCCUCUGGAGGAGACCAAGAAGGAGAAAAGAACCAGAAUCCCAUACAAGCCAAACUAUAGCCUCAACUUGUGGAGCAUCAUGAAGAACUGCAUUGGGAAAGAACUCUCCAAGAUCCCCAUGCCGGUGAACUUCAAUGAGCCCUUAUCCAUGCUUCAGCGCCUUACUGAGGAUCUGGAAUACCACGAGCUGUUAGACCGAGCUGCGGCGUGUGAGAACUCUCUGGAACAGCUCUGCUACGUUGCAGCGUUCACCGUGUCCUCCUACUCCACCACUGUCUUCCGUACCAGCAAGCCAUUCAACCCGCUCCUCGGGGAGACCUUCGAGCUGGACCGCUUGGAGGAGAAUGGGUAUCGAUCCCUGUGUGAGCAGGUGAGCCACCAUCCCCCUGCUGCUGCCCACCAUGCUGAGUCCAAAAACGGCUGGACGUUGCGUCAGGAAAUCAAAAUCACCAGCAAGUUUCGAGGCAAAUACCUCUCCAUUAUGCCCCUUGGUACCAUUCACUGUAUUUUCCAUGCAACUGGGCAUCACUACACUUGGAAAAAAGUUACUACCACAGUCCAUAACAUUAUUGUUGGCAAGUUGUGGAUAGAUCAAUCAGGUGAAAUUGAUAUUGUGAAUCACAAGACAGGAGACAAGUGCAAUCUUAAGUUUGUUCCCUAUAGCUACUUCUCUCGGGAUAUAGCAAGAAAGGUGACAGGGGAAGUGACAGAUCCAUCAGGAAAAGUCCACUUUGCCCUUUUGGGGACAUGGGAUGAGAAGAUGGAUUGUUUCAAAGUCCAGCCUGUCCCUGGAGAAAAUGGGGGUGAUGCUCGUCAGAGAGGCCACGAAGCAGAGGAGAGCCGGGCCAUGUUGUGGAAAAGGAACCCUUUACCGAAGAAUGCCGAAAACAUGUACUACUUCUCAGAGCUGGCUCUAACUCUCAAUGCCUUUGAAGGGGGCACUGCCCCCACAGACAGCCGGUUACGGCCUGACCAGAGACUGAUGGAAAACGGGCGCUGGGAUGAAGCAAACGCCGAGAAGCAGCGCCUGGAGGAGAAGCAGAGACUUUCCAGGAAGAAGCGGGAAGCCGAAGCUGUGAAAGCCACAGAGGAUGGCACGCCCUAUGAUCCCUAUAAGGCACUAUGGUUUGAGCGGAAGAAGGAUCCAGUUACCAAGGAGUUAACCCAUAUUUAUCGGGGAGGGUACUGGGAGUGUAAAGAAAAACAGGACUGGAACACAUGUCCGGACAUUUUCUGAGGUGGCAGAAGCCAGUCGGAGGAGGACCCAAAGGAGAAGAGGACAGGAUGUGCAGGAAAGCUGGCGCUUGGGACUCUCACCGAGUGCUUUUCCUCCAGGUUUUCUGUCUUAACCAAUCUUUUUUUUUUUUUUCCAAAUCAAUCACCAGAAGCAGAUGCCAGUGGUGGUGAUUGGCUGGUUGCCUUAGCUGAUGGAAACUGAAAUCGACAUGCUAGAGAACUGAUGUGUGUAAGGGUGAGGCUUAGUGGCUGGCCGUUCAAUUCGGCUUGCCUCACAUCUGCAGAGUCAAGGAUCGUGGCCUGAUCCUUCUCCCUCUGCCCCCAGUUAAGAUGACGCCUCCCACCUUCCCCCUGUAGUACCCUGUUCAGCCCAAGGUUGAUGGAAGAUUGGGUGUGAUUCCGGUGUGUUUUGGUGCUGUUCAGAGCAAAAACUGAUUUUAAAAUUCCUUUAAAUAGAAACACAAGACAAGGAUGGUUGUGGGUGAGCUUAGGCGACAUGUCACAAACGGGGCUGGUGUAGCAGGUGUAGAUAACUGCCACAUUGGAAUACCUGCGAGAGGGAUGUUCCAAUGGGCUCGGAAAAUUCAGAGUCACGUUCUUGGGCGUUUCUACUUGCCUAAAACACCUUCCUCCUGGUGCCCUCCUGUGCCAUCGGCCAGAGGCCACGUGAGUGGCAGCAGGAGGGCUGGAACAGCCUCAUGACAGGGUUCUGUGGACUUCUUCAGACAGACAUGCGAAUGAAGGGUGAAGACUGCUAGCCACCGCUAGCCACUUCUGCUUUCCCAGUCCCGCCUCAGCCCCAUCCUUCACCGUCAUCCCAGCUUUUCUCCUUUCUCCUGGCACACUCCCAGUGCGGGUACGUGCGCCCAGGUGGAAUAAAACAUUGCCUGUCCCAUUCUGACAGACUCCAGAAUUUGAGAGAUGGCGCUAAUCUGGAAUAAGAAGUUGUCACCAUCUCUCAAGCCCUGUGGACUGGAGCCGCCUCUGGAAUAAUGUGUUCAAUAUCUGUAUAUUAUAUAUAUGUAGAGAAAAAUCUAAUUUUGUUGUUUGGUGUUCCUCCCUCCCAUGAAGAGUUUUUUUUUGGGGGGGUGAAGGGGGGCGGUAUCACUUGGCUCCCUGGGACUCUGUGUUGGGCACACGGUGACAUAGAUUGACGUGCCUCUGCCCUCCCUCCUCUGGGGAUAGAGGCAAACCUGGGCAGUGACAGCAGGGACAUUUGUCUGCUCUAUAUCAUGAGAGGUUCAUUGCUGCCCAAACUCAGCUCCAGAUCCUUACCUCUGCCCUGUUCCUCUCCUUCCUUUUGUUGGGAAAAGCGCGGUGGAAGGUCAGCAGGGUAAUCUCCGGUUGAACCUGCCUCUGUCAGCAUCGAAGCCCCUGGAGAAAUCCCCAGGGAACCUUCCAGAUUGCAGGGCUCAAGCACCACCUGUGGGGCGGAAGAGUAGACCGCCUCCUGGCAGGUCCUGAGUUUCUCUUGUGUGUUCUUUUUCUGUUGUCUUUUUUAAAAAAUGGAACCCCUGUGCCACCUACCCUUGAUUGAGGAUCACGAAUUGAGGUGCCUUCCUUGUGUGUCCUUGUUAGUGUGUUGUUGUUCUUGUCCCUUCACUUCUGAGCCUCAGUCCUGGAUGGGUGGAUGGAUGGGGCUAUCAUUCCAGAGGAAGCCAUCCCUCCCUGGGAGAGGAGGUCUCUGUUGGGACCUUUACUUCUCAAUCUUUUCUCACCCACUUCCCUCCAUGGCUGUGAGAAAUCUAGGCAGGGAGCAAGUUCUGGGGAAACGUCCUCUAGAGAACCCUGUCUCCAACACAAGUGACGGGUGGAGCCAUGGCCUUCAGGGAGGCUUCACCACGGGCUUUAGACUGGGAACUGGCCAACUUCACGGUGAACUUCCCCGCUUUAUCCUACUUCUUCCUCCACCAUCUGCACUACACCUCCAGCUUGAUCCCUCCCUAAUCAGAUUCUGCUAAUGGAAGAAGCUUCGAGUCCUUCAGGUGGAAUAAAGUCACACGAAAGCAAAACAAAA